AUGGAAAUAGUUACCAUAGAUAGCUUUAAUUGUAAGAGCGGGCACCAGAAGAAAAGGCGGAGACCUGUUAAGCUGUGUUUGGCUUGCAGAAUGAGGAAAAGUAAGUGCGAUUUGAAGAGGCCCACUUGUACAAGUUGUCUUGUAAAAGGUCUCAAGAACUGCAAAUAUGGAGAGUCAUCAACGUAUUCGGUAAAACUAGGAGAUGAUGAAGUUGAUGUUCUUAAGGAAGAAAAUGAACGCCUAAAGCUGACGAUAAAACAAUUGAAACGCCAAAUAAGCUCACCUUCUCCAAGUCCUAUAUCGGAGUAUGCUAAUGGAGCUGAAGCAGAUAAAUACAAUUUUAUCGUUUCAAAAUCUAGUCGGACAGUAUUCUAUGGUCCGACUUCAUUCAGGUUUGUCUUUCAAACUCCGAUAGUUUUCGAUUACUAUAUUUCAAUCAAGAGGGCCCUUAAAGCGGACAGAAACGCUUGGAAGAUUAAAAAUAGACCCAAGUCAUGGUUUGAUAAGCUAUAUUCGGGAACAAGCGAGCUUUUAAUGGAUAUUCAAAACUUCCUUCCGUCACAUAAAGUUGUAUCAGGAUAUUUAUUGCAAUUUUUUGAUGGGUUUUGGUUCAAGUUAUUGCCUAUAGUUGAUCGAGACGUCAUUUUGCAAGUAUUUAGAAAGCAGUUUAAGGAAUCAGAUAAUAAGUUGAAUAUUGAAAUAGCAUUUCCACAGAAUUCAAUUGAGUUUGCAAAUAUUGCAGUUGUUAUAACUAUCUUGAAAUUCUCCCUUAAUUCAGAAACUUACCUGCCUGGAGCAGUGUCUUAUAGGUUUAAGGAUGAAUAUGACAUUCUACUAAAAUUUGCUACAAGACUAUUAGAUAAUGCAAACUACUUGGAAAAAGCCUCUUUAUCGUCGCUACAAGCCUUAUUUUUGUUACGUAUUUUUAAAAAGUUUAACUUCAAAGAUGGAGAUGGAGGUGACGGAAGCAAUGGGAACAUUCUUUUUGCAAUUUGUCUAGAAAUGGCAUAUACCUUAGGUUUAAAUCAAAAUAUUGAUAUGCUAUAUAAAGAAGAAUCACAGAAUUAUAGAACAAUUUUGAAAAACCUUUGGAAGUAUUUACUACAAUACGAUGCUAUUAAUUCAUUUGAUCUUGGGGUACCAUUGCAUAUUUCAGAUAGUUGUUUAAGAGAAGAAUUUUUGGAUUCCGAUGACAUCAUUAUCAAAACAAUUCUCAAAAAGAGAGAAAUAAUAAAUAUAUUCUUAUCGCCAAAGUUCACGUAUCACGAUAUUGGAAAUAUUUUAAAUGAAAUAAGGUGUUUUAUAGACCAGAACUUUAGAACAGUUUUUGAGUUAAUUCAGGAUUUUGAAGAUGCAUCUAACUUAGAAGACUCGUACAAUGCUAUUAAUCAAUUCAUUCUAUCAAUUUCCUUAAUUGCAAUGAAGCAACAUUGUUAUUCACUUUUAUACAAUGAAUUGAAAGACACUAAUAAGGAGUUGAGUAGUCGGUCUCAUGAUUUAGGAAUCAAAUAUACUACCUUAAUGAUAGUCUCAUCUGCGGAACUUUUUAAACGAACACACAUUUCAAGUAUGGAAUUAUCUUCAACUCCGAUUUCAAACCAAAUUCACAAUUUCAUUGCAGGAAUGACAACCCAAUGUAUGGUUAGAGCAUUCGUAUUUUAUGUAUUCUUAUUACUCUCUUUUGUUAAACUACUGAAAGAUCUGGCCUUCAAAAAUAUAAUGGACAAUCAUAUUACCUUGAGACUAUCUGAACUUGCAGAUCCUGAUAACGAAGUUGAUGGUAUUGUCGAAGAAGAAUUUUCAGAUAAUACAGCAUUGGUUUCAUUGAAUGUAAUUAUAAGUCGCUACAUGAAUAUGCUCAUUUACCUAGAAACAAAUGGCAAUGAAAGAGAGAAGCUUGCAACCAAAGUUCAAAAUUAUAGUUUGUUCAUAGUAAAUACUUCGUUGAACCAUUUUAAACUGUUGAUUGCACAGGAUGAUGAUUUCAAAUCACUAAUGUCUUUCGAUCAGAAUAAUUUGCAUAUAGUUUAUGAUUCGAUGCAAGAAUCGUUUCCGACCCAUGUGUACGUCGCUGAGAAUGUUAGCUCUAUUCCAACCUUGGAUAUAUUCAGUGAAAACGGGCUUAAUGCAUCAGCGGAUGCCAUCAACUUGGAUAUUUACGACUUUUUGCUGAUAUAG